AUGGAAAAAUCCACUUCGGACAACACUAGAUCUCCUCAGACGACUUUCGAUGUCGCGGAAGCUGUCUCAGUAAUGGUCGCCAUGGCAAAGCUUACACUUGACAAUCAGAACCACGAGACUGUCUCACCCCUGCCCAACACAUCAGCUUCGGAGGCAGUGACCACGGAGGUGCCGCUCUUGAUCACCACAAUCGCCGAGUACCAUCACUGUGAGCCCCUUCUCGAAAAGAUGUUCCCUCCGCCCGGACGGCCCACGAAGCCGAUCUUCCGAUUCAAGCUCGUCGUCCAGGUGGACCUCGAUGGCGAGAUGGAUGAGCUGCUUGCCCCUAGAGACGAAGUCAAGUUCGUUCCCUCGAGUCAACAUCUUAGCAUCAUCUCCAAGCAAUGCAACCCUUCGUACGGCAACGGGCCCAUGACCACGACAUAUCCCGUCAAGGACCCAAACGAGACAAACGAUCCGGAUGAUUUUGAUAAUAAUCAGCCAGCCGGUCCAUAUGGUCCUGAUUAUGCGGAGCUCAAAUUACUGGUUCUGCGUCUUUCUCGCCAAGAAAACCACGUUUCCCAUGACACCUUCGGGGAUAUUGAGCGACAAGUGGAACGACUCCGACGCCUCAAGCUUCUCGGCCCGGACGACGUAGAUGGCUUCGACUACUUCACCACCGAGCAGCUGCAACACUACCGGGAGGAAGCUGAUGUCAUUUGGGACGCCAUGUUCGCCGACGAGUAUUUCAGAGAAUUUUUCAUUGAUCAGACGAAAAAGGUUCUCAUAGCGUCCCUCGAGGAUGACAACCUCAAGCUCCCUUAUAAUUGGCCCCGAUCCAUAUUUGAGACCAAGUUCAAGAGUUUGGUCCGCGGCAUCAACAACGAGACUUGGACUUACGCCUUUUUUGCUGGAUACUUGGACUUUCAGCGCAGAUUGUUGCGUAUCCUCUAA